AUAAAUAUAUUUUGGUAUUUCUAUUAUGUCAACUUAAAUUUUAGUUGAGUAUCUUUAUUUUAUAUUAUUUUUUUGAAAUUUUUUUUUAAAAUUUUUGCAACCGCAAACAACGAUAAAACCAACAUUUGAAUUUUAGAAAUUUAAAGUUGUUUGUAACAAUUUAUAGUGUUAUUUUUUUUUUGGUACAAAACACCAGAAACCACUACAAACCACAGAAAUCUACUUUUGUCGGUUGUAGUGGGAAACUAGUUUUGCCCUAACAUGCUCCGAAGAAUCACCUCGUCCUCCUCGCUCUGUUCGCCCCCUCUCUUCUUCCGCUUACUUCGCCAGUUCCCUCGCUCUAACUUCUCGCAGUCAUCUUCACGGACCACCAUCAGCAUCUCCAACCACCACCACGUGUGCCGGCUAACACUUCGUAGUAUUUGUUCACACUCUUCAUCUGAUCUCGUCUCCGAGCAUCCUCCGUUCGUCAAGAUUUACAAAGACGGUCGCGUCGAGCGUCUCUCCGGCACCCAAACCCUCCCAGCGUCUCUAACACCACAAAACGGUGUCGUUUCCAAGGACGUCGUGUACUCACCAAAGCAUAACCUCUCCGCUCGCCUCUUUCUUCCUCAUAAAGCCAAAGAACUCGCCGGCUGUAACAAACUCCCGAUACUUAUCUACAUCCACGGCGGAGCCUGGAUCGUCGAGUCCCCCUUCUCUCCCAUCUACCACAAUUUCUUGACAGAGGUUGUGAAAGCCGCGAAUUGCUUGGCGGUGUCGGUUCAGUACCGCCGUGCGCCGGAGCAUCCGAUUCCGGCGGCGUACGAGGAUUCGUGGUCUGCGAUCCAGUGGGUGUUCUCACACUCAGAUGGGUCUGGUCCUGUUGAUUGGAUCAACGAAUACGGAUUCGACAGAGUUUUUCUCGCCGGAGAUAGCGCCGGAGCCAAUAUGUGUCACCACAUGGCCAUGAGAGCCGGCGAGGAGAAGCUUCACCCUAGAAUCAAAGGGGUUGCGAUUGUUCAUCCAGCUUUUUGGAGUAAGGAUCCGGUCGACGAGCACGAUGUGCAAGACGUGGAGACGAGAAGAGGAGUCGCGGAGGUUUGGGAGAAGAUCGCGAGUCCGAACAGCGUGAACGGGACGGAUGAUCCGCUGUUUAACGUGGUUGGAUCCGACUCGGAUUCCGGGUUGGGAUGUGAGAAAGUUUUGGUUGCUGUGGCUGGGAAAGAUUUGUUUUUGCGGCAAGGUUGUUAUGCGGAGAAGCUGAAGAAGAGUGGGUGGAAAGGAGGGGAGGUGGUUGCGGAGGGAGAUGAAGAUCAUUGCUUUCAUCUCUUAAACCCUGAUUCUGAAAAUGCUCCUAAAUUCAUGAAAAAGUUCGUCGAGUUUAUUACCAGUUGAAGGAAUAUCUUAAACUCUGUUCUUGACUUUAGAGUAAUGAUACGAAUAAAUUUGAUGCUUUGGUGUUUUUAAGAUCGAUAAUGUCAAAUCCAUUCCUUACGCAAUGUAUUCACUAACUC